AUGGCUGUUGAAGUUUCCCACGGUCGAGGUGGGGCCGGCAACAUCAAUCCCGACAAGACGGAAUACGUUGACGGUGAGGUCGUUCGCGCUGGAGUAGUAGGGAGCCAUGGCGACGGAGCGUACAGUGCUGGCAGAGGAGGUGCUGGCAAUAUUGGCGAUGUCGGAUCCGCGGCCACGAAUCGCAAAGACAAAGACAUCGUUCCCGAAUCUGCAUACCGCGCUAGUCAAGACACCCAGGAUUACCACACUGGUCGUGGCGGCGCAGGAAACGAGCAUGUCGCGAAAGGCCACGAGAAGAAGGCUGCGGCCAAGACUGGCGAGAAUGGUGCCCCGGUGAGCUUGGCAGACAAGCUGAAGCAGAAGCUGUUUGGCGCAAUGAAGAAGUAG